CUGCUUCCUGUGGAAGCAAGACCAAAAGGAAAUCAACUGAGUGGGUGUCUGCAAGAGCCGGAAGCAGCAUUUCCGGGCAAGCUGCCCAAGGAAGAGAACGAGUUGCGAUUUUAGAGGAUGCCGUAAAGUCACACGGACAACUCAUGGGACUUUUACUGGCUUGGCAAUUUGGUGACCACUUUGGUUCAGUCAAAAUGUGUGUACUUCAGGCCAAAAGCCAGCACUUCACACACACACACAUACAAACAAACCAAAACACAAACCUAAGCUAACAAAAAUGCUAAGUUAGUUUUCUCUUUCAAAGGCAAGAGGUUAAAACCUAUAGAUGGUUAGGGACAGAUGGGGCAGCACUUCCUUGGGAACCUGACUGGCACGUGCGACACCCCCGCUGCUGUUUCCUGAGAAGAGAGAUUUCAAGACAUUUUAGUAACUGCUUGAUCCCUCUUUUCCUUCAUAGGAACUUAUUUUAAUAGUAAUAUUAACACAACAUCCUGGGACUGUUUGGUAAUCUUAAAGAGCUACUAGUGAGAAACCUAACGGUAGGUUGUGGAGCCUGGUGAUUUCAAACAAAGCCAUCGCCUGCGUUCUUUCUCCUUCUUCUGGUGCUACAGCUCUGAGGGCCCUUCACCUUUCUGCCUGUGAAUACAACCGUGGCUUUUGCAGUAGAAGAGUAUGUUGGCGGUUUUAUUGUGUUCUGGGGUGAGGGGAAGAAAAGAAAACUCCUGCACUGAGGAGGGGGAAGCUUAGUAUUUAUUUGCUUAUUCAAAAUACAUAUCAGACUUUAAGAUUUCCAGUCUUAGUUGUAUUUGCUGUUUAUUUGUUGGGCUCACCCAGCUGUUGGUGACAUGUCACUGCGUCUCAGUGAGGUCCAUCCUACAGAAGGAAGCUGUUGGGAUGUCCUAACUGCCAGGUCCUUGUACUUCACUGACAGUUUGCUCACAGGUUGUCUUUGAAUGAGGUGUCUUGGGGAAGCAGACAUUCUUUUUGAUGGUUGUUAGGACCACCCAGUUGUCCUGAAUGUACCCAGUAGAGUCAGGUUCCCUGAGUUCCAGGCUGGCAGUGGACCUUUGUUCCUGUCAGCCUCUGUGACAACUGAACAAACACAGGGUUUUGAGACCACAAAGGAAAUGAGAGUUUCCCCCAUUUUUUAUUUUGCUAUUAUUUCUUUGUCUGAAAACUGUCUCAUUCACUUUAGGCCAGAGAGCGGUCAUUUCACAGUACGCUUCUGAAGUCACAUUGCUCAGCCUCUGACUCCAUGUCAUUCUGUACUCUGAUGCCUGAAUGAAACUCCGGGAAAUUGCAGGCUAACGGGAGUCUUAAGCCUCUUUAUUAGAUGAAUGAAUACUUUUGAUUGAACAGCAGAUGAUGGGGUAGAGUUUAGGGAGCUCAGCUUAAGUUUCACGAACUUGGGAACAGCUACACAAGUACCCAGACUGUAGUCAUGGCUGCAGUAUUGGUUCUGCCCUUCUCAGUCAGUCUCAGGACACAAGGACACUGGAAACUGGUGCAGCCAGCACUUCCGUGUACACUCUAGGUGAGAAGGUGUACGGGGCCGGGUCGGGGAGGGGACCCGCAGGCACUCUGUAGAGCACGCAGGAAGAGGCCCCUCUCUGGACUUACUUAUUUGUUAGUCUUGAUUUAAUACUUAUCUUCCUAAGCUGGAAGAUCCUCUUUCCAAGCCACUCAAACAACCAAGUCUCAAAUAUCCAGGCAGAAUUUUAGUGUGACACUGUGUGAGAGAUUCAAGUCAUAAAACACACAGAACAAAUGGCCCUUUCUCAGCCCGUGUCAUGAGUGUUUUUGGACAGAGUGUCCUAAAAAUGAUCACCUCCUUUGUACACUGCCAAAAUGAGUCUCGGUGUCAGAGGAUGUGACGACAACAGCAAUUUCAAUGCCUUUGAAAUUGUCAUGAAGGGAUUCUACCUGUAGUUUUACUCUUAGAAGAGAUACACCUUUAAACAGGUGUCACAACCAAAGGUAGGGUGUAGUUUGUACUCGGGCCCUUUGGGAGCAUCAGUGCUCAGUUGUUGGUUACUUAAAGCACACCCAGUUUGCACUCCUUUCCCCUAAACACCCUGCACAGCAGGGGUACCACACUGAAACUGCUGUGGGAUAGGCCAUGUCCAGCAGGUGUCCAGUCAAUCAUCCAGUGUGCUCCCCUGAAAAAGGUCCUGCUCAGUGUGUGUAACUUUGGUGUUCCACAUACUAAAGCACCCCAAAGUGAAAAGUUUAAUGUCUGUCCUUUUCUCCUAAUCUUAGGAGGUCCUGUUGAGAAACACAAACUGCAAAUCUUGAGUCAGAAUUUUAGGACAGAGUGCUUGGAGAAGUGCUUUUUUUUUUUUUUUUUUUUUUUCAGUCUCCUUAGUUGCUAAUUCCUUGUGUUCAGUUCCUUCUGUAUGUCAUUCUUGUUAUCAACAAGACCAUAUCCCCUCACCCCCCAACACACACACCUCAUAGGAUCUUUGCUUCUAAAAAUCAAGUGUGAUCUGCUUGCAGACACCCUGGAGGAGGAGACUCAGUCACUGUGAACAUGUAAGAGGUCGUUUGUGUGAAUGUUCUGACAUGGAUGAUGUGCUGUGCUGUGAUCUGCCAGUGUCUGGGGUCACAGGUAGGUUAUCAGAACAAAACUGAAAGCCCAGCAUGACUGCUGCUACUGCUGUUUUGCUUCAGACUUACCACUUCCUCUGUCAGCGUCAAAGGUCACCCAUGAAGCAUUGUUUUUGCUCUGACUUUCUGCAGUUUCUAACACUAAAUAGGUGACCAGACACAAGCCUUGUCUUCCAAGAGAUCUUAGAAUCUAAGCUGGGUAGUACAGACAGGUGUAAAAAGAUGGAGGCUUUAGAUAAGCAGGGUGUCUUAGGUAACCAUAAAAUGCAAAGGACACAGGUGUGUUGGAUAUUCAGAAGUCACAGAAGUUGCAUGUUUGGGAUAGACGAGAUUUUACAGGAGAAGCCACUGUGAUGUUACUCAAGCCAGUGAUGAUACAGCAAGGGCUGACCCUCACAGUUGUCCUGGGAAAGGGUUUAGGAAUUGUGUACUCUGUCACUAAAAGUGAACCCUCAAUCCAAAGAGGAGGAACUAGUGUUGGAAGAAAACAUGUCUGGUAAUGCAGCAAGCAAAUGUCCAGGCUGGUGAUGAUCUGCCUAGGAAGAGCCCCAGUGUGGGGGAAUGGAGGUCAGAGACCAAGGACUGCUGCUGUCUGCUCUAAAGUAAGUCAGUGGUGUUGAGAUGGGACCUUUGUGGUCCUUAGCAGGUUGUGGCUUCUUUAUGUGCACGUCCAUGCUUUCCUCCAGUUUUUAUUUCAUUUCAGAGUGUGAACAUUGAGAGAUUCUGAAAGCACAUGGCUUUUAAACAGUAGGAUUUUGCAAAGUCGAAAUUUUGAAGGCAUGAGUCCAGUGACCCAAAGCAUAGGUGCAAGUAUGGCUGGAAGGUUUCAGGCUGAAACCAGUAAUUCGCUGCAUUCUUGUACAGAGAGUGUUCACUGCAGUUUCAGGUCUUGGUGAGUACUCUAUAACCAAGCCAGCCCCCAGGACUGUUUUGGCAGGAUUUUGUGAGUUAAUCAUUCCUUGGGCUUCCCUUGGCCUCUUCAUCCUGGAUUCUUAGAUGGGAAUAAACUGCACACUUAGAAGGAGUUGGGUCAAGGUUCUGGGCACAGGGCAGGGUGCUUCUGAGUGGAGUUCUCGCCAUGUCUUUUCUACCUCUGAAGUAAGUCACCAGAGCCUGCUCGUCCACAUCUGAUCCAGGCAGGAGUAUGAGGAAGUCUGCUUCUACAACCGUGAGCACAAACAUGCCUGUAUGGGACAGUCCAUUCAGCCUUGUCAUUUAGUCCAGCCCAUUACAGGCGUUCCUGGAACAGACUGAGGCUGGGCCAACAUGGCAUCUGUGUUUCGAAGCGAGGAGAUGUGUCUAUCCCAAGUGUUUCUCCAGGUGGAGGCCGCAUAUUGCUGUGUAGCCGAGCUGGGAGAGCUUGGCUUGGUUCAAUUCAAAGACCUAAAUGCAAAUGUGAACACCUUCCAGAGGAAGUUUGUGAAUGAAGUCCGGAGGUGCGAGUCGCUGGAGAGAAUCCUCCGUUUUCUGGAAGAUGAGAUGCAAAAUGAGAUUCUCAUCCAGGUGCCUGAGAAGAAUCCGGAGACUCCUCUCCCCCGGGAAAUGAUCACCCUGGAGACCACUCUGGAGAAAUUGGAAGGAGAGUUACAGGAAGCCAACCAGAACCAACAGGCUUUGAAGAAGAGCUUUUUGGAACUGACAGAACUCAAAUACCUCCUAAAAAAAACCCAGGACUUUUUUGAGACAGAAGCCAACUUAGCUGAAGAUUUCUUUGUUGAAGACACUUCAGGUCUCUUGGAGUUAAGAACCAUACCUGCAUUCAUGGCUGGAAAGUUGGGGUUCACAGCUGGUGUGAUCAACAGGGAGAGGAUGGCUUCCUUUGAGAGGCUGCUGUGGAGAGUUUGCCGAGGAAAUGUGUACUUGAAGUUUAGUGAAAUGGACACACUUCUGGAGGAUCCAGUGACGAAAGAAGAAAUUAAAAAGAAUAUAUUCAUCAUAUUUUAUCAAGGAGAACAGCUCAGGCUGAAAAUCAAGAAGAUCUGCGACGGGUUCCGUGCUACCAUCUACCCCUGCCCAGAACCUGCAGCUGAGCGCAGAGAGAUGCUGGCCAGUGUCAACGUGAGGCUGGAAGACUUAAUCACUGUCAUUACACAAACAGACUCUCACCGCCAGCGCCUACUACAGGAAGCAGCUGCCAACUGGCACUCCUGGGUCAUCAAGGUACAGAAGAUGAAGGCCGUCUACCAUGUCCUGAACAUGUGUAACAUUGACAUCACCCAGCAGUGCAUCAUCGCUGAGAUCUGGUUCCCAGUAGCGGACACCAGGCACAUUAAGAAGGCCCUGGAGCAAGGCAUGGAACUCAGUGGCUCUUCCAUGGUCCCCAUCAUGACAGAGGUGGAAACUAAAACAGACCCUCCCACCUUCAAUAGGACCAAUAAAUUUACAGCUGGCUUCCAGAACAUUGUCGAUGCAUAUGGUGUAGGUAGCUACCGAGAGAUAAACCCAGCUCCCUACACCAUCAUCACCUUCCCCUUCCUCUUCGCUGUGAUGUUUGGAGACUGUGGUCACGGAAUGGUGAUGCUAAUGGCAGCCCUGUGGAUGGUUCUGAAUGAGAGGCAACUGCUGGCUCAAAAGAGCACCAAUGAGAUCUGGAACACCUUCUUCAAUGGGCGCUACCUGAUCCUGCUAAUGGGCAUCUUCUCCAUCUACACCGGCUUGAUCUACAACGACUGCUUCUCCAAAUCUUUUAACAUCUUUGGCUCCUCUUGGAGUGUCCAGCCUAUGUUCAGAAACGGCACGUGGAAUGCUCAUGUAGUGGAAAAGAGUCCAUAUUUGCAGCUGGACCCAGCCAUCCCAGGAGUGUAUUCUGGAAAUCCUUACCCAUUUGGGAUUGAUCCGAUUUGGAACCUGGCUGCAAACAAACUCACAUUUUUGAACUCCUAUAAGAUGAAGAUGUCAGUCAUCCUGGGGAUUAUUCAUAUGAUUUUUGGUGUUAUUCUCAGCCUCUUCAACCACAUUUACUUCCGAAGACCCCUCAACAUCAUUCUGCAGUUCAUCCCCGAGAUGAUUUUCAUGCUGAGUCUGUUUGGCUACCUGGUUUUCAUGAUCCUUUUCAAGUGGUGUCGAUAUGAUGCCCACACAUCCCGGAAGGCCCCCAGCAUCCUCAUCCACUUCAUCAGCAUGUUUCUGUUUGACUACGAUGACUCCAAUGCACCCCUGUACAGCCAUCAGCAAGAAGUCCAAACUUUCCUUGUCAUUAUAGCGUUGGUCUCUGUGCCCUGGAUGCUUCUGAUUAAGCCAUUUAUUCUCAGAGCCAAGCACCAGAAAUCUCAGCUGCAUUCUUUCACGAUCCAUGAGGAUACUGUGGAUGACAUGGAGGGUGGCCACUCGAGCACCGCGGUUAAGAAGACUGCAGGUGCCCAAGGGGCGAAGGGCGACCACGACGAGGAGUUUAACUUUGGAGACAUCUUUGUCCACCAAGCCAUCCAUACCAUUGAGUACUGCCUGGGAUGCAUCUCCAACACAGCCUCGUACCUUCGGCUCUGGGCCCUCAGCUUGGCUCAUGCAGAGCUGUCUGAGGUGCUCUGGACCAUGGUGAUGAGUGUCGGCCUUCGCCUUCAAGGCUGGGGAGGGCUCAUUGGGGUCUUCAUCAUUUUCGCCUUCUUCGCCGUCCUCACGGUCGCCAUCCUGCUCAUCAUGGAGGGGCUCUCAGCCUUUCUGCACGCCCUCCGGCUGCACUGGGUGGAAUUUCAGAACAAGUUCUACGAGGGGGCAGGCUCCAAGUUCUCCCCCUUCUCCUUUAAGCACGUCCUGGAAGGGGCGACUGAAGAGUAGGCCUGUCUGCAUCGCCGCCCGCCGGUGCCAGUGCCAGCUGAAGAGGGUCACUCUCAUCUCCGCUGUCAGCCCAGGCCGGCUGUCCCACGCCUACAGCCCUUCUUUGCUACCUGAAGUAUGAGGCUGUGCGAGGCGUGGCACGUGACAGGAUUUAGCCACCUCCCUGAGGGGCUACUCUGGUGAAACAUUUGGACUUCCUGUGUAGUCUUUGUAAUUAAAUACUAAAAUAACUGGGGGAUGGAGGUGGGACUGGGGGAGGGGACACUAGACCACUAUCUCCUGCAAUAGUUUAUUUUUAAUUUUACUUUGUAUCUGUUUUGAGACAAGGUCUCAUUUGAGCUCUAACUGUCCUGGAAACAACAUUGUAGCCAAGGAUGGCCUUGACCUCCAGCUCCUCCUGCCCCUAUAUCCCAGUUGCUGAGGUCACAGGAGGGAGCCUCCACACGUGGAUUUCCUGCCGCAUUUCAAGUGUUAUAAUCACGAAAAUAAAUGUCUGCUUUAUUCA